UAUAUUACAACAAAUAUGUUUGGAACAGCUCAAGAUCCAGCUAUUGUUGACUGUGCUAUCUGUGAAAAGAGAGUUGAACAUGCAGAUAAAUUUGUUGUGGAGAAAGAGAUCAUUCAUAAAGACUGUUUUAAAUGUGCCUUAUGUGGAACAAGACUCCAAGUUGGAUUUUGUGCAAUGGAACUUUCCCUAUAUAAUCGUUAUGGACCUCGCUGGUAUUGCUCAUUAAUUUGUGCGCAUCAACCCCAAGCUGUUAAAGAAGCAAAACUUAAAGAAUUAGGAAUACCUGUUCGUCAACCGAAAACAAAGAAAGAAAAUUAA